UCAGCGGGUGCCUAGAACUGGCGCACACUCUCAAAUUCCAGGUCCGGGGCGCCUUCCCAGGGGCAAGGUGCGGUCAGAGCCCGACGUCACAGGGCGGCCAGAGCUUCGCUGGGCCCUCCCCAAGGCCCGCCCAAACUACUUCACACCAAGCUCCCGGGCUCAGCCCUUGAGCAAGCUAUGAUUAAGAGCCAUGCCCGAGGGCAUUUCUUCUCCAGCGCUCACAUUCUCUCUCUGGUAUUUAGGCUUGGCGGAGUCCGGAGCAGGCUGAAGCGAACCAGGCCCCUCUCCGCCCACUCUCUGCCCGCUCCAGCCUUGUCACGAUCACGCGCCUGCGCGGCCAGUUGGUUGUUCCCCCUCCUACUUUCCCGGCUUCCUUGGCAGUAUGGCUGCCGCGGCCACGAUGGCUGCUUCGGGUUCCGCGCGAAAGCGGCUGCUGAAGGAGGAGGAUAUGACCAAAGUGGAGUUCGAGACCAGCGAAGAGGUGGACGUGACGCCCACCUUCGACACGAUGGGGUUGCGGGAGGAUCUGCUGCGUGGCAUAUACGCCUACGGUUUUGAGAAACCAUCAGCUAUCCAACAACGGGCUAUCAAACAAAUUAUUAAAGGAAGAGAUGUCAUUGCACAGUCUCAGUCUGGUACGGGUAAAACAGCAACAUUUAGCAUUUCAGUUCUCCAGUGUUUGGAUAUUCAGGUGCGAGAAACCCAGGCUUUAAUAUUAGCCCCAACCAGGGAAUUAGCUGUCCAAAUUCAAAAGGGUCUCCUUGCUCUUGGUGAUUACAUGAAUGUUCAAUGUCAUGGCUGUAUUGGGGGGACAAAUGUUGGUGAAGAUAUCAGGAAAUUGGAUUAUGGGCAGCAUGUUGUUGCUGGUACACCAGGUCGUGUAUUUGAUAUGAUUCGUCGCAGAAGUUUAAGAACCCGUGCUAUCAAGAUGUUGGUUUUGGAUGAAGCUGAUGAAAUGCUUAAUAAAGGGUUCAAGGAACAAAUUUAUGAUGUGUACAGAUACCUGCCUCCAGCUACUCAGGUGGUUUUAAUCAGUGCUACAUUGCCACAUGAAAUCUUAGAAAUGACCAACAAAUUCAUGACUGAUCCAAUUCGCAUCUUAGUAAAACGUGAUGAAUUGACUCUCGAAGGAAUCAAACAAUUUUUUGUGGCGGUGGAAAGGGAAGAAUGGAAAUUUGAUACUUUGUGUGAUCUUUAUGAUACCUUGACCAUCACUCAAGCAGUCAUCUUUUGUAAUACCAAGAGGAAGGUAGACUGGUUGACUGAAAAGAUGAGAGAAGCCAAUUUCACCGUUUCAUCAAUGCAUGGAGACAUGCCCCAGAAAGAGAGAGAGUCCAUCAUGAAAGAGUUUAGAUCUGGUGCAAGCCGAGUACUCAUUUCUACAGAUGUCUGGGCCAGAGGAUUAGAUGUUCCUCAAGUCUCUCUAAUCAUUAAUUAUGACUUACCCAAUAAUAGAGAAUUAUACAUACACAGAAUUGGGAGAUCAGGUCGAUAUGGCCGAAAGGGUGUUGCAAUUAAUUUUGUCAAGAAUGAUGACAUCCGUAUUCUCAGAGAUAUUGAACAGUACUACUCAACACAAAUUGAUGAAAUGCCCAUGAAUGUUGCUGAUCUUAUCUGAGGAAACAACUUUGAAGACAGUUGGAGACUAUUUUCUUAGUUUUAUACUACAUUUGGAGACUGGAGAACUUACUGUAUGUCAAAUAAAUACAACUUGUAUUUAAUAAGAGGGUUUAUUGAUUUCUGCCUGCCUGUGUGUAAAUUAUGCAUUAAGUCUGUUUUUCAUUAAAAAAUGAGAAAUUUUCACAAA